AUGUCUGAGCUGCCCCCGAAGGAGCUGGCAGAUGCGCUCGUUGAUAUCUAUCUCCGCACCUUUGAGUCUAGAUACCGUGUGUUACACGUCCCGACAUUUAAGCGGGACUACGAAGCGCUAUGGACGACAGAAGAGCGUGAUGCAGAAUUCGUCAUCCAGUUGAAGUUGGCCAUGGCGAUUGGAGCUGUUAUAUACGACGAGAACUUCUCUUUGCGCACGAGUUCUAUCCGCUGGAUCUACGAGGCCCAGACAUGGAUAGCCGAGCCGGAAUUUAAAGCCCGACUCACCAUUAAGUACAUUCAAACAAAUAUUCUGCUUCUACUAGCAAGGCAGAUUGUCGGGGUGAGUGGAGGAUUGAUUUGGAUCUCCAUGGGAGAACUCCUUCGAACGGCAGUCUACAUCGGGCUACACCGGGAUCCUUCGUAUCUCCCGAAAACAAGUAUUUUUGACUCCGAGAUGCGUCGACGACUUUGGAACACCGUCAUUGAGAUGGCUUUGAAUACAAGUUUGGAGUCUGGGGGUCCUCCCCUGCUAAGUCUUGAUGACUUCGAUACCCACCCACCGGGUAACUUUGAUGAUGAGGAUAUCUUAACUGACAACCCGACCCCAAAGCCGGACGGAACUUUCACUCAGAUGUCCAUUCCACUGGCCCUUCGGAAGAUGUUUGAAGCCCGCCUCGCUAUCGCGAAACCCUUGAAUGGAAUUGGCAUGCACAGCUCAUACGAAGAAGUGCUGCGUCUGGACACAGAGCUACGCACAUCCUACAAGAUGAUCUGUCGCACACUACAAAGCUACUCUUCAGACACAGGACGAUGUCCAUCUCCAUUUCAAACCCAAACACUCGACUUUCUCAUGCGUCGCUACCUGUUAGCACUUCAUAUUCCCUUCUUUCAAUCAUCUCUCGGAGAUACCACAUACGCAUUUUCAAGAAAGGUAGUCAUCGAUACAGCGCUUCAAAUCUGGUGCACCACCAAUCCAUCUUCAGGCAUGAUGGUCACCAGAUACGAUGCCCAGACCCCAUUGGGAGAUGAUGAUCUUCCUCGCCUUACGAUAUGUGGAACCGGGGUGUUCCGCUUGACAUCCAUCCAAUGCUGUUUCCUCAUCGCAGCGGAGCUCGGUAAACAGCUACGUGACGAGGAUAAUCUCGGAUCUGUCCCUCUCCGUCGCGAUCUUCUGAGCGUCAUCGAGGAUUCAAGGGAAUGGGCCUGGAACUGCCUGGUAGCGGGCGAGACUAAUACGAAGGGGUACUUGAUGUUGACGCUUAUCAACACACAGAUUCAGGGGCUAAUGGCUCGGGCCCCGGAUGACGAAUUUCCUCUUUUGUUCAUGCAUGCCGCUGAGCAGGCGCUAGCGAAAUGCUUAGCGUUGUUUGAGGAAAGGGUCGGAGAGGGAGAUGAGGUCCAGAUGGAGCUGGAUGAGAUCAACGAUAUGGAUUUUGAGAGUCUAUUUGGUUCAAAGGGGGGUUGGAACUUCAUGGUAAAAGUACUAUUCACCUUAUUUUACCCUCGUAUUGACUCAUUUCUCCAGGUAUCCGAGCCAUUCGACUCCAACGCUUCAGACCCAAUGUACUGGCCGGGCGACUGGGUUGCCUAG